GACGAUAAAGCUUUAUCAAAACGAAGCGUUGAUUUUAUGAAUGUCAUGCUUCAUUGGACUAGCUCGAAGAUGUAACACCAUUAUGGUUUGUUUGAUUAAAAUUGAAAUAACAAACCAUAAAAUUAUUAUCUAUGUAUAUAUGACUGGAGGACUAAAGAUUUUGAUGCGAUAAUACUUUACGUGGUAAAACGUCAGCAGGCUGUGAUUGUAGGAGACAGUUAACCAAUGUGAAUAAUAUUCUCAUUCAGUGAUUAAUAACCGUGGACGUUGGUUGAUCCAGAAUAAAUAUGUCACAUAACAAUCGGAGUUCUAACACAUAGAAAAGAUUGACUAAGUCCUGUUGUCACCGCAAUUUAAAGACAAUGUUGUUCCGCCGAGCUGGUAAACGGUUUUUUGGUGGUUUGGCCUGCUACGCCCUUUUAACGACAGUUAUAUUAGUAUUCUGUUUACUUAUUUACCACUCAGAUAAAGUUCCACAAAAUGUGUUAAACUUCCAAAGACGGGAUUUCUUCCAGGCGAUACCAAAAAUACAGAAACCGACGGACUUGGAACGCUCUAGUUGUAAAGAUUUGACGCUUUUGCGGAUUCCAGACUCAACUAUCGACACCCUCAAUAAAUCUCUGUUUUGUGACAAUGUGGCUGAAAAUCGAGAUGUGGUGUGUAGGUGGUUCUUUAAUCAGAUCGGAUUAGAAGAAGGAAAAUCUUGUGAUAGACCCGAUGACGGCUACGGCGUUCCUAAAAUUGUUUAUUAUGUAAUAUUUGGACCAUAUACUUUCAAAUUCUGGCAUUAUGUGAGCAUAAUGAGCGCCAAAAAGAUGAUCAAACCGUGGGGUUUGUAUGUAAUAGGUGACGCCCAUCCGGUUGGCUACUGGUGGAAAAGAGCUAUGAAUGAUGUUAAGGGUUUACGAUUUGUGUAUAGAGAACAACCACCUACCAUAGCUAAUAGAACAGUCAGAUGGAAACAUCAUUUAUCAGACUUAGUCAGAUUACAAAUGUUAAUGUUAAAUGGUGGUAUAUACUUAGAUACAGAUAUGGUAGUGGUUAAUAGUUUAGAUCCGCUCAGAAAUCAUGAUAUAACUAUGGGUCUUAUAGAAAACGGAACCGGAAUGGGCAACGCCAUCAUUCUAGCAAAAAGACAUUCGCCAUUUAUAAAAGAAUGGUACGAAAGUUAUUUCAACUACAAUAAAACUGAAUUUUACAAGAACUCGUUGCAUGUUCCAAGAGACAUGUGGCAUAAAAAUCCUGGACGGAUUCAUAUGGAAUCGGACAAAUUUUAUCGGCCUAAUUGGUUCGAGGCGGACCUUCUUUUUAAGAAAAAUGAUUAUCCAUGGAAAAAUAACUUCGCUGUACAUAUUUGGACUAACUCAAACCCUGUUCCCAGAGGUCCGGAAGAACUAAAAACUUUAAAUACGACCAUUGGUCAAAUUUUUAGAUAUAUUCUAUAUGACGAUCCAGCACUACCAAAAAUACCGUGAUUAUUAUUUUGAUUGUCACUACCCCUUUUACCGCUUUUAACAUUGCUAACAGUGAAUAACGUGGUAUGACAUUAAUUCAGUAUUUACGAGGUCUCUGUGCACUAUAGAGGAAUCUAUUGGUGUCGUGGCUACGAUAUCAAGCUUAUACAUGACAGAGGGCAUGCUUGCCUUCGUAACCUCGUGGGUUUUCUACAGUAAAUUAUUGAAAUCAAGAUGUGUUAUUCCUGAAUGACCCUGUUUGUGUUGCGUAUAGAAACUUGCGUGUAAAUAACAAUUACUCAUGAACAUGGUGUAUCUUGUAAUGUUUAAAGUCGCAAUGCGCCAGAAGGUCAAAAACAAAUGUUUCUUAUAUGAAUUUAACAAAUAAUAAAGAAAUGUUCUUUAGACGAUAAUUUAGGUUGGAUACUAAAUACAAUAAAUUCAGAAGUGUAUAUAUACUCUUCAAAAAAAGUAGGGGAUAUUGAAAUGCGAAUACCUAUGCAGGUUGCGAUAUGAUAAAUAGUCAUGGACAUUUGACAUGCUUUGAGAGUAUGUUCACAGAUGAAGAACUUAUCGCCCCAACAGAACCACCGAGCUGCACAUGCGACACGCAAUUUCGCCAUACACGUGGGAGGGGUUCAUUGUCAAAUUUGACACUUCAAGGAAGGGUUGAUGAAAACUUCCGCGUGCUAGUUUAUCUAUCCAUGUUUGCUUUCCUAUCGGUUCUUGCAUAGGAUUUACUGUUUAGCGUAUCUUUGCUUUAGUGUGUUACGUUUAAUUUGAUCGGGAGACGUGUUCGUGCUACAACACUGCAAGAAUUGGCCGUAGCACGGCAAGAGGAGUGGGUCAAAUUGCUCCAAAUCGUGAUUGGACAGUUGAUUAGGAGCAUGCCACGACGAAUUGCUGAAUGUCUGAGGAUUGGUGGAGCAAUUACUCAUUAUUAAGACAAAAUCAAAAACGUCCAUUUUCACUUUUGACGGUGUAUCUCUUUGCGAGUGAAAUGGGGCCGUCAGAUAAGCCGCCCAUAUGAACUGUUUAUGUUCAUGUGUAUUAACAUACACUGGUUACCUCUAAUAAAAACAGCAGUGCAUUUCCGCAGUUUUGUAUUGUUUCUGAAUAUCCCCUACUUUUUUGAAGAGUAUAUAUAGUUUGUGUUAGUUUCAUAUGCUUGAAAAAAAUAACGAAAGAAAUAUAACGUGUCUGAUGAUAUUGAAACAUUAUGGCGAAAAUAUUAGGAAGAACUUGAUUUAAUAUCCGAAUCACAACUUAGUCUUAUAUCAUUUUUCUACCUGAACUGAUCAACAUCCCCGCGUUCAAAUACAAACGUAAGAUUUAGCCCCGAUCUUCUUACCUCUGUAAAACUGAUCGCCAUAUUUGGAGAAAAAAACGACUUACAUGUAUAUAAGAUAAGUAUCUCGUAGACAUAGAAUAUACACAACAUACGUACAGUAUAUGACG